AAGCCAUAAAAAAAAACCCUUAAUGAAUUUGAUUUCCUGCUAACAGUGAAGGCAGCGAGUCGAUCCGCUGCUCUCUUUACCACCUGCGAAAUCUCUCCACUCUGUAAGUCUCCUCCUCCUCCUCCUCCUCCUCCUCUGCCUUUUUCAGGCUAGAAUCCGAGGUUUUUUUAAAACCCUAAAUCCUUAAAAACCCAAAACCAGAAUGUCGAUUUCCAAAGAGCUGUACCCUUCUCAAGAUGAUCUUCUCUACGAAGAAGAAAUCUUGAGAAACCCUUUUUCUUUGAAGCUCUGGUGGCGCUAUUUGAUUGCCCGAAGAGAAUCCCCUUUCAAGAAACGCUUCAUUAUUUAUGAACGAGCUCUCAGAGCGUUGCCUGGAAGCUACAAGCUCUGGCAUGCUUAUUUGGUUGAGCGGCUCGAUAUAGUUCGGAAUUUGCCCAUUACUCAUCCUCAGUUUGAAACUCUUAAUAACACUUUUGAGAGGGCUUUGGUUACUAUGCAUAAGAUGCCUAGGAUCUGGAUUAUGUAUUUGCAGAGUUUGAUUCGUCAGAAGUUAGUGACGAGGACGAGGAGGGCUUUUGAUAGGGCUCUCUGUGCGUUGCCUGUUACACAGCACGAUAGGAUUUGGGAAUUGUAUUUGAGUUUUGUGAGUCAAGAGGGUUUUCCUAUUGAGACCUCUCUUAGGGUUUAUAGGAGGUAUUUGAUGUAUGACCCGAGUCAUAUUGAAGAUUUUAUUGAGUUUUUGUUGAAUUCUGGGCUUUGGCAAGAGGCUGCAGAGAGGUUGGCGUCGGUCUUGAAUGAUGAUCAGUUUUAUUCAAUUAAGGGGAAGACCAAGCAUAGCUUGUGGCUUGAGUUGUGUGAUUUGAUGACUAGGCAUGCGAAGGAGGUUUCAGGGUUAAACGUGGAUGCAAUUAUUAGGGGUGGGAUUAGGAAGUUUACAGAUGAGGUUGGGAGGCUGUGGACCUCGCUUGCUGAUUAUUAUAUCAGGAGGGAAUUGUUUGAGAAGGCAAGGGAUAUUUUUGAGGAGGGGAUGACUACUGUGGUUACUGUUAGGGAUUUCAGUGUUAUUUUUGACGCUUACUCACAAUUUGAAGAGAGUAUGGUUGCUAUCAAGAUGGAGAAAAUGGAUUUGAGCGACGAUGAGGAAAAUGAGGUUGAAGAGAAUGGUAUCGAGUUGGAUGAGGAUGUUCGGUUGGAUUGGAGUUCCAAGUUUGAGAAGAAGUUACUUAAUGGCUUUUGGUUAGAUGAUGACAAUGACGUGGAUUUGAUGCUAGCACGUCUGGAGUAUCUAAUGGAUAGAAGACCAGAAUUAGCAAAUAGUGUGCUUCUUCGACAAAAUCCACAUAAUGUGGAGCAGUGGCAUAGGAGGGUCAAGCUAUUUGAGGGUAAUCCAACGAAGCAAAUUCUGACGUAUACUGAAGCUGUGAGGACGGUGGAUCCAAUGAAAGCAGUGGGGAAGCCUCAUACUUUGUGGGUUGCAUUUGCAAAAUUGUACGAGGAUCACAAUGAUCUUGUCAAUGCAAGGGUAAUUUUUGACAAGGCAGUGCAAGUGAACUACAAGACUGUCGAUAAUUUGGCAAGUGUGUGGUGUGAGUGGGCUGAAAUGGAAAUUAGACACAGGAAUUUCAAAGGUGCGCUUGAGCUGUUGAGACGGGCCACCGCAGAACCAUCAGUUGAGGUCAAACGGAGAGUGGCUGCUGAUGGGGAUGAACCAGUUCAGAUAAAGGUUCAUAAGUCCUUGAGACUCUGGGCUUUUUAUGUUGAUUUGGAGGAGGGCCUGGGUACCUUGGAGUCCACUCGAGCAGUGUAUGAACGGAUACUGGACCUGCGCAUAGCCACCCCACAAAUCAUCAUCAAUUAUGCUUGGCUUCUAGAGGAACAUAAAUACUUUGAAGAUGCAUUCAAGGUAUAUGAAAGGGGAGUCAAAAUAUUCAAGUAUCCUCAUGUGAAAGACAUUUGGGUCACAUAUCUCUCAAAGUUCGUGAAGAGAUAUGGCAAGACAAAACUAGAGCGGGCGAGGGAGUUGUUUGAACAUGCUAUUGAAAUGGCUCCUGCUGACUCGGUGAAACCGUUGUAUCUUCAAUAUGCAAAGCUAGAAGAGGACUAUGGUUUGGCAAAGCGAGCCAUGAAGGUAUACGAUCAAGCAACCAAGGCUGUUCCAAACAAUGAAAAACUGAGCAUGUACGAAAUUUAUAUUGCUCGUGCAGCUGAGAUAUUUGGUGUUCCAAAAACAAGGGAAAUAUAUGAGCAAGCAAUAGAGUCUGGCCUUCCAGACAAAGAUGUGAAGACAAUGUGCUUGAAGUAUGCUGACUUAGAGAAGAACCUUGGAGAAAUUGACCGUGCACGUGGCAUAUAUGUAUUUGCAUCCCAAUUUGCUGAUCCACGAUCUGAUUUGGAUUUCUGGAACCAAUGGCAUGAGUUUGAGGUUCAACAUGGAAAUGAAGAUACCUUCAGAGAAAUGUUGCGUAUUAAACGAAGUGUGUCUGCAAGCUAUAGCCAGACACAUUUUAUUCUUCCGGAGUAUUUGAUGCAGAAGGAUCAGAGACUGAACAUUGAUGAUGCCAAAGACAAAUUGAAACAGGCUGGGCUCCCUGAAGAUGAAAUGGCCGCUCUAGAGAGGCAAUUAGCUCCUGCAAUCAAUAAAACCACUGCCAGAGAUAGCAGCAGGACAGUGGGCUUUGUGAGUGCUGGAGUGCAAUCUCAGUCGGAUGGAGGGAUGCAGGUUACUGCAAACCAGGAAGACAUUGAGCUUCCAGAAGAGAGUGACUCUGAAGACGAUGAAAAAGUUGAAAUUGCACAGAAGGAUGUUCCCUCUGCUGUGUUUGGUGGAUUGGCUGGGAAGAGGGAAGAGCCUGAGAAAGAUGAUGCAAAGGAUGGUGGCAGUCGUCUUGGUGCCCUCGAGAGGAUUAAGAGACUAAAACGUGGAGGAUGAACACUGGUGAAAUUUUGAAGAACUAUAUUUUUGACCAACUGUCGUUGAGACUUGUUGCUUGUCCCCUUGUAUCACUAAUUGUUCAUCGAAUCUUUAGACGUGUAUAUUUCCAUCGAAGUUAUGUAGCAUUCAGCUUUUUUCUUCAUUAUUUUCACAAAUUGUGGUAUUUUCUUA